CAUCGUGGGCGAUUUUUUUUGUAGCCUUCCUUUCGCCGUCGGCCACAGCAGAAGAGUAGACGGGCAGGCCUCGUCGGGGUUUAAUUGGUAGUCGCGUUCCGGCUUCUGUGGCGAAAACUGUCGGCUGCCCCCAGGGGACACGGCAUGUUCCCAUGUCAGCCACGGCCACUUACACGAUGGCAGAGCUGAGGGGUGAGACGCAACACGGCAGUCUAUGGUCCGGCUAUGGCAACCCGGUGCAGAUGGCGGGCCGGUUCAACCCCCAGGACCCGUCAGUAUCAGUGCCGCCGCCGGCGUCGUCACAACUCGUCCGCCCCAGGAGCCACACGAUGGACUAUCCGCCGCAGUACCAGCCGGGGCGGCCCGGCCAGGAGGAGGCCGAGCCGUACGACAGAUACGGGCAUCCGUCCAUGAGCAUCCCCAGCAUUAACAGCCUGAAGCGACCGUACUCGCAGGUAGACCAGGCGCCCUACACCGAGAUGGUGCAGGACCUGCGGGAUGACUACAAGCCGCCCAACCACGACCAGAAGCUCCUGUCGUUCAGGAAGGUGGGCGACAAGCACACCAUCGUCGACGCCAAGGGCCGGAUCCACGAGAUGGAGAUCGACGCGCAGCUGCAUGGCAUGUUCUUCCUCUCCGAGUUCCCCUCGACCACGAGCGACGGCACCGUGCUCAACGCCGAGUUGACGUGCUACCGGCGCAACCUCUUCCAGAUCAGCGGCAGCCUGUGCUUCCCGCAGAUCCCGCUGUCCGUGCUGCUCGACUCGGGCGAGACGAGCCAGAUCAAGAACAUGGAGGUCAGCAUCUCGGCCAUCGAGUCCGUCGACGGCCACCCCGUGCGCCUCAUCGUCAUCCCCUGGAAGACGCCGCCGCCCAACGCGCCCGAGGUCAACCAGGCGCCCGACCAGGAGCCGCCCACGCUACCGCUGAUCCCGCCGUCGGAGGAGGAGGAGGAGACCGGGGGCGACCACUAUGCCAUCUACCCAAUCGGCUGGAGGCGGCUGCAGUUUAGGAUGUGAGUGCUGGGCUGCUGUCAUGUCGUGUGCAGAGAAGGGGCAGGAAAAGAAAA